CCGCCGCCCGACCGCCGGCCGCGCCUGUCCCCGCUCCGGGGCCGCCGGGAGAGUGUGAACAAGCACCCGGGCGAGGGUGAAACAGCACCCGAGCGACGAGCGAACGACCAGCCGGGACAGGGUGAACCGGCACCCGGGAGAAGGGUGAACCCGCUACCGGGCGCGCCCCCCGCCCGCCUUCCCUCCUCCCUCCCUUCCUCCCUCCCUCCCCUCUUCCUUCCCCUCCCUCCCCGUCCCUUCCUCUCUCCGCCUGGUGCCGCCACCGCCGAGGAGGAGGAGGAGGAACAUGGCGAAAGCGGAGCAGGUCCUUAGCCUCGAACCGCAGCACGAGCUCAAAUUCAAAGGUCCUUUCACAGAUGUGGUCACUACAAACCUGAAGCUCGGCAACCCCACGGACAGAAAUGUGUGCUUCAAAGUUAAGACCACAGCACCACGUAGAUACUGUGUAAGGCCCAACAGUGGAAUUAUCGAUGCAGGAACAUCAAUUAAUGUUUCUGUGAUGCUACAGCCUUUUGACUAUGACCCUAAUGAGAAAAGUAAACACAAGUUUAUGGUUCAGUCUAUGUUUGCUCCAGCUGAUACUUCAGAUAUGGAAGCAGUAUGGAAAGAAGCAAAACCGGAAGAACUCAUGGAUUCGAAACUUAGGUGUGUGUUUGAGCUACCAGCAGAAAAUGAUAAGCCUCAUGACAUAGAAAUAAAUAAAAUUGUAUCCACAACUGCAACAAAGACAGAUUCCUCUGUAAUGUCUAAAUCAAUAAGUUCUUCUUUGGAUGACACUGAAGUUAAGAAAGUAAUGGAAGACUAUAAGAGGCUUCAAGUAGAAGUUCAGAGGUUACGGGAGGAGAAUAAACAGUUUAAGGAAGAAGAUGGACUGCGGAUGAGGAAGGUACCCCAGACAAACAACCCAAUAUCUCCUUCUGCAGCUGCUGUCAAGGACGAAGGGCUCAGCUCCAGACUACUUGCUUUGGUGGUUUUGUUCUUUGUCUUUGGUGUAAUUAUAGGAAAAAUAGCCUUGUAGAGGCAGCAUGCUGGAAAAUUGUAAAUUGGUUUGAUGGUUCUGCCAUAUCAUUGGAUUAAAUUUAUUCAUAACAAUGUUUAAAAAAAAAAUUAAUGUAUGACAUCUCACAGGUCUUGCCUUUAAAUUACCCCUGCACAAAUACUAUGUAACAUAAUCUAGAAAGUUCAAAAUGUAUGGUGAGGGAAUGAAUGAAAGAGAAUAUGCUUCAGUGAUGAAGGGGGGGGAGAAAAUCCUGAUUUAACACUACAAUGAAAUAUUGUAUAUGUCAUUUUAAACAUUCUUAGACCCUGGUACAUGUUGCUGGAUUACCUCUUUUUAAAAAAAAAAAAGAAAAAAAAAAAGGAAAACUAGAAAAACCUCUUCCUCCACUGCUGGAGCUGGCCCUAAGGAUGUUUGGAGCUGGGUUAGGCAGGAGGUGUUGAUAACUUCUGUAAAAUACGUUAAUCCACCAUUCUGCUCAUAAAUUUAACAGUUUCUGUCAGUGUCUUCAACUCUGUGCAAGUUACCAACUUCUUGGCACUUAAAUGAGUAGUGAGAAGCUGCAAAGACUUGUCUGUGGCAACGCUGAGGGAGCUGGGCAGCACCGAGGGGCUCGUUCGGAAUAAAGGUCAAUGCCUUGUUCUCACCAAGGGACCAAGCUACAGUGCUGUUGGUUCAUUUAGCUGAAUUAAAAUGUUAUUCAGAGAUGUUUAAUGCAUAUUUGACUUAUUUAAUGUAUUUCCUCUCAUGUUUCCUUAUUGUCACAGAAUUGACUAAUACUUUGUGGUAUGAAAAGGCACCUGUUCAAAGCCAGUGAAAAGAACUAGAAAUUUGCUGCUGUAGUGGUGCAAGAUUAUUCUGCCUCCUGGUGUUUUUGGGCACUACACAAUUGUUGGGAGUUUUGAUCAUCUAAGCAUUGGGGAAAUAGUGGUCAGGAAACUGUUUUUGUAUGUAAAUAAGUCUAUCUAGGGGAGAAACAAAAAUAUUAGUAGUAAACUAGUCCUAUGCCGUAAAAAGACCAAUCUUGUUUGACUAUGUAGCAUCUUAAAAAAAAAAGAAAAAAAAAGAAAAGAAAAAUUAAAUAAAGCCCCCAAAUUAAUGUUUCCUUUGUUACUUUUGUCCUGUUCUCACAGUUUUAGAGGUGGGAAGGAAAGAGUGUUCUCUUGUCAGUUUGUUCAUGGCAUAAGGAAACUUGCAGUUGUAUUUCAGGGUGAAUUUCUUUUUUUUCCAGACUAAUUUUAAAAUCAGACCAAGCCACCCCAUCAUGAGCCUGACACACACAAGUUGUUCAGAGUAACCAUGUUGCUGCUGAGGUAUAAGGUAACAUCCCAUUUUCCAGGUUAGUUCAGGAGUUCAGACACUUGACAAGCACCUUCAGGGUAAGGUGAAGGUAAUUUUGUGUCCAGGCUUCCUUUUACCACAAGGUGUAUAAAUAAACUCAGAGUGUUUUAACAUGACGGAUUCAGUAGAUGAAACCAUUUUUGAGCAGGUAAAUUCACAUCUAUUCUUAAAUGCUAGACCCAGAAACCUUCAGUGACAAAAUUUUUUGUAGCAUAUUACAAGAUGAAACUGUCUUUUAAAAAUGACUUCAUUCAUUCCUUCCAUAAUCCUGGGAUUCUGUGAGAAAGCUGUUGGGGCUGCAGCCUGCCUGCUGUACUCCUUGACCUUUAUGUUUGUCCCACUUGUGUCUCAAGGGUUUCCUCCUUUGCAAGUGCUAAUAAGUGAAAUUUUAUUUGAGGCUUAAUAAGAAAAUAGGUAGGAAAAAAACCCCAUAACUGGUGUGUUCAGCUUAUGAACAUGAAUAUGGAAGUAUUUCUGGGAGAUUCAAUAGAAAGGAGAGGUGUAUUUUUUAGCAUUUUAAAGUGCUGGUGCCUUGUCUGCUCAGAGGGAAGGGACAGAGCCACUGCAGCCUGGCUGCAAAGGGCAGGGCAGGUGGCAGAUGAGCUAGAAAGGGCAAAGCCCGGAGGUUUUGGGACAAAUUGGGCAGAAUUGAUCAAGAAGAUACUUCCUGGGCAGUAGAAGCUGAAGAAAACUUUCUAAUGAAGCAUUCUUUUCAGAAAGCCGAGGUUAUGAGUGAUACUGCAAAAUUAGUUUUCAUGGCUUUGAAGAAUGUAUUUGAGAAAACCUCUGCUGAAGGGACACUGACAUAAGAAGUAGGUUUUUUUAAGUGGCUGUAAAUAUCUUCUUCUCUUACCAGAAUUCCUGAUCUGCUUUAAAUAAAAAAAAGUCUUUUUGAGACUCCUUUGUUCUGCUUAAAAACAGCCUAAAAAAGGUUGGAUUUCAACAAAAAGUCACUGUCUUUGCAGGAUAAAGGGGGAGGAUUGAAGCUUUAAGCUAGUCUCCGUGAGUAUGUCUGGAGUAAUGUUCCAGGCUGGUUUUACACCCGGUGUAAGCUACCACAGCUGCCUUUGCUGGCCCAGGGCAAAGCCAGCAGCAACUCUCUCCUCCCCCAGUGCUCAGCAGUCACUUUUUGGUGAUCUGUGCCAGCCUGGAACUGGAAAUCGUUCAUGAGCAAAGUUGUUCCUGGUGUUUGCACUCCAGGAUCAUAAAGAGGUCUCAGAAAACCCUCUCAUGCUUUUCCAGAUUCCCUUCAAACACGUGAUCAAGGAGACCAGGAGAGGAUUUCAGUGUUGGUAACAUCUGUAGCCUGCAGCUGAGCUGACCCACACCAGUCCUGAACAAAACUCUUAAAUGAACUGCUUGUAUUUUGGAAUUUAACAAAAUCCUGAGGUCUUCCCUCACCAUUUUUGACAAGAGCCUGAACACAGUAGCCCUGAGUUGUCUGGGUAAUGCUUUGCUUUGCUGAGCUUAAAAUAAAGCGACUGAUCAGGGGAAUCCUCACUCCCUGUUUGACCAAACCCUUCUUUCAUAGGCAGUAGAGAGAAAUCUUAAGGAUUUUUUUUCUUCCAGGGUUCCUAAAAGGCCAGUUUAUAGCUAGAGGGCAAAUAUAGAUUGGAUGGGUAUUCUUAAGCCACCUGACUCUUCUUGUAAGUUGUUCCUUCCAUGGCAACACAAGAGCAAAUGUUCUCAUGAAGUAUUCACAGAAAGUGAAUUAUUCUGAAGGACAUUGUACAUCUUAGGAAGUUGUGCACAAAGUGUAGUUUCUAAAUAAGAUUAUUGUCUGGGGUCCUCACACAACAUCAGAUAUUAGAAACCUGUGAUUGAUUCAUGGUAGUAGAAAUCAAGUUAUUACUAAUCUAAUUAUUGUCCUUGCUGUUACUUUUAAGAUGACCACUUGCACAUUUAUUGUUGAUUUUUGUAACACCCAGUAGAGGCUGCUUGGUGCACUCUUUGGGCGAAUUUGGGAUAAACAGAUAUUUGAAAUGUCUUGAAGCCUAGUGCUGGGAAAUGAAUGGAAAAUGGUUUCUUCUAUUUUUGUGUAGUUCUCCACAUCUUAAAGCAAAUAGUCCGUGCAUGAAUGAACAUAAGUAUUGCUGUGCAUUGGCAGUUGUCAGCUGGGAAUGCACAGCUGGAGCAGCUGCAUGUGCAAGCCAGGACCAGCUCAGGUUACUGGGGAGUAGCCUGGGGGCUGAAGAGCAAGAUCAUGUCAUGUUGUUAUGUUGAGGGGGAUUGAUGUACCAUAAUGUCAUUUUCUAAAAAUACAGGAUUGUAAAGCUCAAUGGUGGUGUUACUUUUUCCUCCUGAAAUGCUGUUAGUGGGAUAAAGUUGGAACUUCACUUUGCAAUUCACUAGAAUUUCUUUUCAUCAAUAAACUAUGAAGGGUUUGUAUCUGC